AAUUCUGCAUUUUUUUUUCUUUAUAUUCAGAAUCGAUCUUCUUUAACAAAUACUUUACGUGGUGUAACAAAUGAAGAAAAACUUAAUAAUCUUUGGGUUAAAAUGCAAAUUACUGUUAAUUCUAUAUUUGAUAGUUCAUUAGAUAAUCGAAGUGGUGCUCGAGUAGGCAAAGGUAUUCGACAAGUUAUUGAAAAAAAAGAAGGUUUAUUUCGUAUGUAUAUGAUGGGUAAACGUGUAAAUUAUGCUGGUCGAUCAGUAAUAUCACCUGAUCCAUUUAUUGCAAUUUAUCAAGUUGGAAUACCUGAAAUAUUUACAAAAAAAUUAACUUAUCCACAAUUAGUUACACGACAUAAUGUUCAUGAAUUACGUCAAUUAAUUCUUAAUGGAUCAGAUGUUCAUCCUGGAGAAAAACAACAUAGUAAUACAAGUUUAAUGUUUAGAAAAAACGUUUAUCGACAUCUUCGAACCGGUGAUUAUGUUCUUGUUAAUCGUCAACCAAGAUUACAUCGACCAAAUGGAAUACCAUUAACUGGUCUUAUUCAAGAUCAUGUUCUUGCUGGUAGAACAUUAGCAAUGCGUGAUCGAGUUUUUGAAAAAUCUGAUUAUCAACAACUUGUAUAUAAUGCAAUUGGAUCACAUUCUCGUCGAAAAAUUCAUUUAUUACCACCAUGUAUUUGGAAACCAAAACAAUUAUGGACUGGAAAACAAAUUAUUUCAACAAUACUUCUUUAUAUUCAACCAGUUAAUGAAGCUUCACUUAAUCUCGAUAGUAAAUCAAAACUUUCAAUGAAAGUAAAAAAAAAUUAA